CGUUGCUCCGUCUAAAGUCCUUGGAACUAAAGGUGUCACAAUCCCCAUGAUGGAAAAACUCAUAUCUUCAGAAAUAAGGCCCCUUUAACAGAUCUUCACAAAUGAGGAGUGAUUUGGUCCAAAUGAUGAGGUUUAAACUGCUGAUGAAGUAAAUGCAGCCUCUAUGACACCACGCUUUCAACCUCAAGCUGUUGUACUUUGCCAUUUGCUUGAUACGGUGCUUUUUUGUGGCCUGUGAGGAAUACACAGAAGAGUGCCGAAUCCCAAAGCCGCCUUUGUGGAGGACAAAACCCUGGACAAAGAGCAACUGAAACAUGGAGCUCCGAGUGGGGAACAAAUAUCGGCUGGGACGAAAAAUUGGUAGUGGAUCCUUUGGAGAUAUUUAUUUGGGUGCCAAUAUUGCUACAGGGGAAGAAGUAGCCAUUAAGUUGGAAUGUGUGAAAACCAAACACCCGCAGCUCCACAUUGAAAGCAAAUUUUACAAGAUGAUGCAAGGAGGAGUGGGUAUCCCUUCUAUUAAAUGGUGUGGAGCAGAAGGUGAUUAUAAUGUUAUGGUGAUGGAACUUCUAGGACCCAGCCUGGAAGACCUCUUCAACUUCUGCUCUCGCAAAUUCAGCCUCAAAACUGUUCUGCUUUUGGCAGAUCAGAUGAUCAGCCGUAUUGAGUACAUUCAUUCCAAGAACUUUAUCCACCGAGAUGUAAAGCCAGACAACUUUCUUAUGGGUCUUGGCAAGAAGGGAAACCUAGUAUACAUCAUAGACUUCGGCCUGGCAAAAAAGUACCGUGAUGCCCGCACCCAUCAACAUAUCCCUUACAGGGAAAACAAAAACCUGACAGGCACAGCUCGCUAUGCUUCUAUAAACACCCAUCUUGGGAUUGAACAAAGUCGCCGUGAUGAUUUGGAGAGCUUGGGCUAUGUGCUAAUGUACUUCAACCUUGGCUCACUGCCUUGGCAAGGUCUGAAGGCUGCUACUAAACGCCAGAAAUAUGAGCGUAUCAGUGAGAAAAAGAUGUCAACGCCCAUCGAGGUGCUCUGCAAAGGCUACCCUUCUGAGUUCUCUACAUACCUCAACUUCUGCCGCUCGUUGCGAUUUGACGACAAACCAGACUACUCUUAUCUGAGGCAACUGUUUCGCAACCUCUUCCACCGCCAGGGUUUCUCCUAUGACUACGUGUUUGACUGGAACAUGCUUAAAUUUGGAGCGGCCCGGAAUCCUGAAGACAUGGAUCGGGAGCGGCGAGAGCACGAGAGAGAGGAGCGGAUGGGGCAGCUCCGAGGUUCUGCCACACGGGCACUGCCCCCUGGGCCUCCUGCCGGAGCCACAGCUAACCGCCUCCGCAAUGUCGCUGAGCCCAUGGCGUCCACACCCACCUCCCGCAUCCAGCAGUCUGGAAACACUUCCCCUCGAGCAAUUUCACGAGUGGACAGGGAGCGGAAGGUCAGCAUGAGGUUACACCGAGGAGCCCCUGCCAACAUCUCCUCCUCUGACCUCACAGGUCGGCAAGAGGUGUCACGAAUUUCAGCAUCACAGACAAGUGUGCCAUUUGAUCACCUGGGGAAAUGAAAAGUGGAUUCCACCGGACCAGUGUUUGCUUAGUGUCUUCACUGUAUUUUUCUUUUAAAAAACAAAAUAACAAAAAAACAAUUAAAAAAAAGAAAAAAACAACAAAAAACCCAACUUUUUUCCCGCCAGCCACAAGGAGCGGACCUGCCCUGUGCUGGCGUCCAUGUCUUUUCUGAGAUCGCCGACUGCGUUCCCGAGCCCAAUUGCCUUCAACAAGUCACCAAUGCAGGAGCCUUGCAAGAAAAAAAUUAAAAACCACCUCUGCUGCUGUGAUGCAGCUUCGUCUCAUAGGCCUUGCCCCCAUCUCACGCCAGCAGGCCAUGGCCAGCCGACCCUGCUUUCCACUCCCCCUUCCCUUGUUUUUUUUUUUCAGAUCUGUUUUGUAUCAUUCAAAACAAAUGACUAAUUCCCUGAUUCCGUGGGUUUGUUUGUUUUUUAGGUUCAGUUUGUCAAAGAUGGAACGGUUUCCGGUAUAAUUUUUAAAUUAUUUGAGGCAGGGAAGGGGGAAAAUGAGGCCUACCCGAAGACUUUAAAAUUCCAGCCCUGAGUAGGUGGCUUGACAUUCAUUUCCGAAUGGACGCUAACUGCAGGCGCUCACCUCUGAAGGGAAAAAAAUAGCAGAAGGAGCCUACUGUGCAUCUUCAGGCUUUCUUUCCCUAGAAGACACCGCUGCCCCACUGCAUGCAUUCAUGGGCCAGUUGGAAUGCCACCGGCAUACCAAUAAGGCAGACAAUAGUGGCAAUAGUGGCAGUUGUGUGCCCUGUGGGUGAAGGAUAUGUGCUGCGUAAGGCAGGAGCAAAAUGUGAAGGACAUGGAAAUGUAAACCUGCUUCUCUGGCAGGCAGUGUGUGCGGGGGUUCUCUCUUGAAAACAAACCCCUGUUUGUGUGUGUUUAGUUUCAUAUAUUUCUUUUCUUUUCUUUUCUUACUUCCCCGGGAGACGGGGAAGAUGUUGAUGAAAAGGGAGGGGGUUAUGUCAAAUGGGAGUGGGGGGAGUAGUGGUUUUCAUUGCAGGGUUGUUCCUGGCAUCACCUGUUUUUGAAGGACAACCCAGCCCCAGACGCACAACCUCCCUCACUGAAAGGUUUCUCCCACCUUCCUUUCUUAUCCCAUUUAUUUUUUUAAAAUUUUGGGGUUUACUUUUUUUAAAAUUCGAGAAAACUGACUUGGGUUGUACAUUGGAGCAGUCGUCACCAUGCCCUCCAGCCUCUAACUUGGCACAUUUUUUAAAGAAAUGUUGGACAGUAUGGAACCAUUGGAAGCGGGUGGGGCUUGGCUUUUUGGUUCUUUUUAUUCUUUCUAUUUAACACACAGCUCUUCUUUCUGUUUUGUUUUGUUUUCCCCUAAUUUAUUUACCCUGCUGACUGUCUCCCUCUCUCUCCUUUUUUUUAAUUAAAGUAAAAGAAACUUUUUAUUACUUUGUAAUUUUAAAAAAACUGAAAAAAAACCUUGAAGAACUUUGGGGGGGAUUUUGUACUUUUUUCCUGUGUAAAUAUUGGACUUUUUUGAGCUUUAUUGUGGUUGUUAAUUUGAAGUAAUAAAGUAGAAAAUGAUAAAGUGA